AUUCUACCGAUUCCGUGAAGCAGCAAGAUGAGCACUCCCGCCGCCGCCGCGCCGAAGCGCACCGUCCUUGCCUACAUCCAAGACAACACUGGCUGGGGAUUCAACCUUGUCGUGAGCAACAUCUUGUUCUGGCUCACGGGCUUCCCCAUCUACCGCGAUUAUGGGUAUUCCAACGUCCAUUACAACGAAAAGGGUGGCAUCGCGUCUGGAGGCGAAGGGUCCGGUGUGUUUGUGAUCACGUUGGUGCUCAUGCUCAUCUGCUACCUGGUCUACUUUGGUCGCAUGAUUUCGUUCUUGACCGAAAAGGGGGAGAUCAAGGCCGACUAAGUCGAGCGCCCCUCGAAUCGAAUCGAUCAGCCCCCUUUAUGAUCGAUAUACGUAACAAUAUGCUGAUAAAUUACCCUACACUUCUCCUUGUUCC